CAGAGUUCCUCAAAUUUUCUUUGUGUGCCUUGGCCUAAAAUGUCAAACUCCAGGUGACAGACAUCCUUGGGACAUCUUUGCAUAGUCCUCUCCAGAAAGAAGCUCUGUGAUGUGUGGAUUGUGAGCUUGCUCAAGCAAGUCACGCUCUUUAUAAGGCACAGCGAAACAUAAGGACUGGUAUGGAAGAGCCGGCACCACUGGAAGGCCCGGACCAACUCCCAAGCUCCCACCAGGGCUCUCUGAGGAGGGCUGUGGCUGCUGCUCUGGCCCUGGAUGGGGAAUCUACAAUGGGUCGCAGGAAAAAGAAGAGGAAAGAAUCCCGUCCAGAAUCUAUCAUCAUCUACCGGUCAGAUAAUGAGAAAAUGGAUGAUGAGCCUGAGGAUUCAGAAGGUGGAGAUCGGCCUAAAGAGGAAGAGGGAGAUGAUUUCCUAGACUAUCCCAUAGAUGAUGGUAUGUGGAACAUGCCUUUCGACAGUCGCUAUGUCACCUUAACAGGGACCAUCACACGAGGGAAGAAGAAGGGUCAAAUGGUAGACAUUCAUGUCACAUUGACCGAGAAGGAGCUGCAGGAAUUGACCAAACCCAAAGAGUCCUCAAAGGAAAUGGCACCUGAAGGGAGAAAGGCAUGCCAGAUGGGAGCAGACCGGGGGCCCCACGUGGUCCUUUGGACUCUGGUCUGCCUGCCCGUGGUCUUUGUCCUCUCUUUUGUUGUCUCUUUCUACUAUGGCACUAUCACCUGGUACAACAUCUUCCUUGUGUACAAUGAGGAGAGGACCUUCUGGCACAAGAUCUCCUGCUGCCCCUGCCUCAUUCUCUUCUAUCCAGUGCUCAUCAUGGCCAUGGCCUCUUCCCUGGGCCUCUAUGCUGCUGUGGUCCAGCUCUCGUGGUCCUGGGGGGCCUGGUGGCAAGCUGCCCGGGACAUGGAGAAAGGCUUCUGUGGCUGGCUGUGCAGCAAGCUGGGUCUGGAAGACUGUUCUCCCUACAGCAUCGUGGAGCUGCUUGAAUCUGACAAUAUCUCAGGCAAUCUCUCCAACAAGGAUUCUGCCCAGGAGGUAGAAACUUCUACUGUCUAA